AUGGCGACUAUUAGUACUAGCGGACGAUUGUUCAUAACUCUUCUUUAUGGUUCAGUAAUACGGCAGACCAUAUGCUUUGACCCGACAUGGAGCUCUCUUGAUUCCAGGCCGCUCCCAACUUGGUACGAUGAAGCUAAGCUAGGAAUAUUCAUUCACUGGGGCGUGUUUUCUGUGCCAAGUUUUUAUUCAGAAUGGUUUUGGUGGCUUUGGCAGGACCGGCACGAUCCCGAAGUUAAUGAAUUCAUAGCGGCAAAUUACAGACCAGAUUUUACAUACGCUGACUUUGCUAAGGAUUUCACUGCUGAAUUUUUCAAUGCAACAGAAUGGGUACAACUGUUCCAAAGUUCAGGGGCAAGAUAUCUUGUAUUUGUCAGCAAACAUCAUGAAGGUUUCACCAACUGGCCUUCUAAAUACUCAUUUAAUUGGAACUCAUUAGCUGUUGGUCCAAACCGAGAUAUUGUUGGUGAACUAAUGAACGCCACAAGAAGACAUUCAGAUCUGAGGUUUGGGCUGUACCACUCCAUGUUUGAAUGGUUCCACCCGCUGUACCUUGCUGACAAGCAGUCUGGAUUUGUGACACAAGAUUUUGUCAAUCAAAAAACAUUACCUGAACUCUACGAGCUAGUGAACACUUACACGCCUGAUAUUGUCUUUUCUGAUGGGGACUGGGAAGCUCCUGAUACUUACUGGAAAUCAAAAGAGUUCUUGGCUUGGUUGUACACAGACAGCCCAGUUAAAGACACAGUGGUUGCCAAUGACAGGUGGGGUACAAACAUCUCAUGCCAUCAUGGUGGUGUGUACACAUGUGGAGAUAGGUACAACCCAGGAGUUCUUCAGAAGCAUAAGUGGGUCAAUGCCAUGACUAUAGAUAAGCACUCAUGGGGUUUCAGAAGGAAUGCUCGCUUGUCUGACUAUCUGACCAUUGAAGAGCUGUUGCAGACUUUUAUCAUUACUGUCAG